AUGGCGGUGCAUCGGACCAACGGCGCCGAGCCGCCUGUGCAUCUGCAGGCAGAGCGGCGGAUCCUCUUCCUCGACGCCUACGACUCCUUCACCAACAACGUCGUGUCGCUGCUCAAGGAUGCGCUCGGCAGCCACGUCCAGGUGCACGUCCUGCACAUGGACCUGCGCACCCUCGACUCGGACCCCAGCCCCGACUGGACGCCACGCGACCUGCUCGACCGCCUGCCGGGCUUCGACGCCGUCGUCUGCGGGCCCGGACCCGGCUCUGCCCUGCGCGAUGCCGACGUCGGCGCCUUCAAGCUGCUCUGGAGCUUGCCGCCCGCCCGCGCCGUCCCGGUCCUGGGCAUCUGCCUCGGCUUCCAGAGCCUGGUCGAGCACUUUGGCGGCGGCAUACGCAGGCUGAGGAGGGGCCUGCACGGCAUGGUGCGCGACAUCGACCAUGUGCGUGGGCCGCCCGCCGACAUCUUUGACGGGGUUCCGCCCUUCAGGGCCACGCUCUACCAUAGCCUCUGCGCAGACGUCGGCCAGGACGCCAUACCCGAUACAUGGGCCCUUGAACGGAGCGACGACGAGGCCGAAAGCGACGAGCGCAUCCUCAUGGCCGUGCGGCACGCGAGCCGCCCGCUCUGGGGCGUCCAGUACCACCCCGAAUCCGUCUGCACCGAGCCGGCAGCGCACCACGUCAUCAGGAACUGGUUCCGCCAGGCCCUCAAGUGGAACGAGGCCGUCGACCGCCAAGUCGACUACUCGGUCGAAUGCGUUGACAGCCUCGACCCCUCGAACCGCUCGCUCCCCGGCCUCAACGCGGGGGACCACCUCUCGGCCUACCGGUGGUGGAGGGACAUGCAGUUGGGCCUGGCGAGGUCGGGCAUCCGGCCCGGUUACGCGUGCAAGACGAUGAAGCUGCCCGGCGGCGUCGACACUGCCGACGUCGCCGAGCUUCUCGGACUCGGCGCCUCGGACACAAUCAUAUUGGACUCAUCGAGCACCAUCAACGGCGACCCGUUGGCAAGAAAUUCCAUUAUUGCCCUCGACGUGGAUCAAGCCCUCCGCAUUGAGUACCGCGUCGGAGACGACUACAUGACCCUGCGCGCGCCAGCGACCCUGGACCGAGGGCAGGAAGAGUGCCAGCGGAUCCAUCUGGGCGAGGACACGUUUGACCCCUGGAGCCCCUGGCACGUCCUUUCCGAGUUUUCGCGGUCGAGGACGACGCCCGAGGACGAGGCACAGCCGUGUGCCUUCAAAGGCGGCCUGAUGGGCUUUGUCACCUACGAAAUGGGUCUCAGCACCUUGAGCUCCGGACUCGUCUCCAAAGACCGCGGACACCGGCGACCCGACAUUUGCAUGGCCUGGAUCUCCAAGAGCAUCGUGCUCGAUCACAAGGCCGGCGUAGCCUACGUCCAGGCCCUGACUACGGCCGACUCGGACGCUUCCUGGAUCGACGGCGUGGCGGAGAUUCUUCAAAACUCUUACAUGUGGAGGCGUGGCGGAUCUAGCAGCAGGAGCAGCAGCAGUGGCGGCAGCAUCGCCAUGCCGGUGCGGUCCAACGAAGCGUUGCUGGUUGACGUUCGAAAGAACAGUGGCCGCUUGCGCUUUGCCGUCCCCGACCCGGACGUGUACGAGCGGGACGUGAGCCGAUGCCAGGACGCCAUCAGGGACGGCGAGUCGUACGAGCUGUGUCUCACGGCCCAGACGACCAUGACCCGGCUGCCGGGCAACGAUGUCCCAGACUACCUGCGACUGCGGUCCGUCAACGGCGACAUCGACGCCGCUCCGCCGUCUCAGCCCGGCACGCAAGCAGACUCGUCGCCGGAGGAAGCCUCGGGCCACGGGACGCCGUGGGAUCUGUACCGCACGCUCCGGCGCAGACAGCCCGCGCCUUUUGGCUGCUUCAUCCGCAUGGGGGGCGCGACGCUCAUCAGCAGCUCGCCGGAGCGCUUCCUCAAGCACGACGGGCAGGGGCUGUGCUCGAUGCGGCCGAUGAAGGGCACGGUGCGCAAGUCGGAGGCGGUAUCGACGCUGGCCGAGGCGGAGAAGAUCCUGCACGUGCCCAAGGAGGAGGCAGAGAACCUGAUGAUUGUCGACCUGGUGCGCCACGACCUGCACGGCGUGUGCGGAGCCGGCAGCGUCACGGUGCCGGACCUGCUGCGCGUCGAGGAAUACGCCAGCGUCUUCCAGAUGGUCACCGCCGUCGAGGGCCGGCUGCCGGCGGGGAAGAUGGGGGCCGGCAGCGGCGAGCGGGACGGCCUCGCGCCCCUGACGGGCAUGCACGUGCUGGCGUCUGCGCUGCCACCGGGCAGCAUGACGGGGGCGCCCAAGAAGCGCAGCUGCGAGCUGCUGGCGGGGCUGGAGACGGCGGAGCGCGGCGUCUACUCGGGCGUCAUCGGCUACCUCGACGCGCAGGGCCGCGGCGACUGGAGCGUCACGAUCCGCACGCUGUUCCGGUGGGACGACGAGACGGGGCCCGGCGGCGAGGUCUGGCGUAUCGGGGCCGGCGGCGCCGUGACGACGCUGAGCACGCCCGAGGGCGAGCGCGACGAGAUGUUCACCAAGCUGUGUGGGCCGCUGGGCGUGCUGAGGGACGUGGCUUGA